AUGGCCUCCGACGCGCGGCUCUCGCUACCGUGCCGCCUGCCCUCGCUGCUCCCUCCGCCGGUGCUCCUGCUCCGCCGGUGCUCCUGCUCCACCGGUUGCCGCGCGCAUCAACCUCCCCGCGGUGCCGCGUCGGGACGGCGGCGGUGCCCGCGCGCGCCCGCUGCCGGUGCCGGCCUCGCGCCUCCGAGGGCCUUCUAUUACGACCAGAAGGCCAUCAUGUCCAACGAGGAGUUCGAUAACCUCAAGGAGGAGCUCAUGUGGGAAGGAAGCAGCGUUGUGAUGCUAAGCGCGGAUGAGCAAAAGCUUUUGGAAGCCUCCAUGGCAUAUGUCUCUGGCAACCCCAUCAUGACGGAUGAAGAAUUCGAUCAACUAAAGCUGAGACUAAAGAAAGAAGGAAGCGACAUUGUACAAGAAGGCCCAAGAUGCAGCCUACGGAGUCGAAAGGUCUACAGUGACUUGACUGUUGACUACUUCAAGAUGUUGUUGCUCAAUGUUCCAGCAGCUGUGGUAGCUCUGACACUAUUCUUCUUCUUGGAUGAUUUGACGGGAUUUGAAAUCACACUUCUUCUUGAGUUGCCAGAGCCUUUCAGUUUCAUCUUCACAUGGUUUGCCGCACUGCCUUUAAUAUUUUGGGUAGCACAGGCAAUCACUAAUGUCAUAGUGAAAGACUUUCUGAUUUUGAAGGGCCCAUGUCCAAACUGUGGGACUGAAAAUCUUUCCUUCUUCGGGACCAUAUUGUCAGUGUCCAGCGGUGGUUCAAAAAACAGUGUGAAAUGUACAAGUUGUGGCACUACGUUGGAGUACGACUCUGCAUCCCGAUUGAUUACACUCCUAGAACCGGCUGAGGCAUAA